GUGCUGCUAUUACACCUUAUAUAUCAACCUUCAAAACACAACAGCAAAAAUUUAAAUUAAAGAACAAGCUGUAUAAACCUAAAUUAUGCCAUGCAUGCAAGCUCACCCUUUCUAUUUCAAACCACAAUAACAAAAAUACACAGGCAAUAAGAAAGGCAAAGAAUUAGUGAAUUACCUUUUUGUUUUCUUUGAUUUCAAGAAAUGGGAUGUGGAAAAUCAAAAUAUGCCGUCGCCACUGCGAACAGUACGGUCACCAGGAAAAAAACUAGCAAGAAUAAUGACAGUAAUAAUAAUAUUGAAGUGAAGGACAUAGCUGAGGAUCAUAAAGAUUUGAAAAACGGUGAGCAAGAACAAACAUCACCCGGCGGAAAAAUGAUUUCAAAGGACUCGCCGAAUCGAUAUUUUUCAUCGAGAAAAGAUGAAGAUAUCGAAGGAAUUGCUUCUGAGAGGUCUGAAUAUUUCUCCCCACGUCUUGAUUCCGGGAAGGAGGACGCGUUCAGCGACUGUGUUAAAACAUCAUUACUAAACGACGUUGUUUCCGAACAAGAAACGGAAACAUCGCCGGACGAUGUUGUUUCCGGUGGAGUGAAACAAGAAACAGAAAAUGGAGAGCCUGCAAAGGAGAAGGAAGAGCAUGUGGCCGGUGAAGCAGAACCGGGUAAAGCUCUUGAACCGGAGAUUCCGAGUUCCGGUGAAAAGAAGAAGAAUGUUGAGGAGGAGAAGUUGGCAGUUCCAUCAAGCUAGAAUGUGAAGGAAAACAUGAAGCUUGUCUUGCUCAUCUUUUUUAUACUACCAGAU